GCUCUUCUUGCUGGCAGGGGUUUAAGAUGAAGAUGUACUUCAACUUCCUAUUUGCUCUUUGAUAAACGCCAUUGCGUCCACUCAAGGGUCUUCUUUCACUUCUCUUGAAGCUCCGAUUUUCCACCAAGAACUUUUCUGGAUUGAUUAUUGAGAUGGUUGGUAGCAAUUCUUCACCUGGUUCUCCUGCUGAGAACCCAAACCCACAGCCCAACUCUGAUGUGAAUCCACCUCCCGAGAAUGAUAGCUCAAUUGAUGACGUAGCCCGAAGAGUUCAAGAUUCACUUUCUCUGGGGAAGAAACACAAGUUCUGGGAGACCCAACCAGUUGGUCAAUUCAACGAACUUGGAGACACUAGUUUACCUGAAGGUCCAAUUGAACAGCCAACGCCCUUAUCUGAAGUUAAACAAGAACCUUAUAAUCUUCCGAGUCCAUAUGAAUGGACCACUUGCGACAUUGACAAUGAAGAGACCUGUACGGAGAUUUACAACCUCCUUACAAACAAUUAUGUUGAAGAUGAUGAAAACAUGUUCAGAUUCAAUUAUUCAAAGGAAUUUCUUCGAUGGGCUCUUCGCCCUCCUGGUUAUUUCAAGAGUUGGCACAUUGGCGUCCGUGUUAAGGCUUCAAAGAAGCUGGUUGCUUUCAUUACAGGUGUCCCUGCAAGGAUCAGGGUCCGAGAUGAUGUUGUUAUCAUGGCCGAAAUUAAUUUCUUAUGUGUUCAUAAGAAGCUUAGAUCAAAGAGGCUUGCACCUGUUAUGAUUAAGGAGGUUACGAGGAGGGUCCACCUGGAAAAUAUUUGGCAAGCGGCUUAUACUGCAGGAGUUGUUCUUCCAACACCAAUCUCAACUUGCCAAUAUUGGCAUAGGUCGUUGAACCCAAAAAAACUUAUUGAUGUUGGUUUCUCUAGACUUGGUGCAAGGAUGACAAUGAGCCGGACGAUAAAGCUUUAUAAGUUGCCUGAGUCAACUGUUACCCCAGGGUUCAGGAAAAUGGAGCUACGUGAUGUACCUGCUGUAACCCGAUUGCUUAGGAACUACUUGAGUCAGUUUAUUGUUGCACCGGAUUUUGAUGAGGAUGAUGUCGAACACUGGCUUCUUCAUAAAGAAGAUGUUGUGGAUAGCUACUUGGUUGAGAGCCCAGAUACUCAUGAGAUUACUGAUUUCUGCAGCUUCUACACACUUCCAUCAUCAAUAUUUGGUAACCAGAAUUACUCAACUCUGAAGGCUGCUUAUUCGUACUACAAUGUUUCAACACAGACUCCGUUUCUUCAACUGAUGAAUGAUGCACUUAUCGUGGCAAAACAGAAGGAUUAUGAUGUCUUCAAUGCAUUAGAUAUCAUGCACAAUGAGUCUUUUCUAAAGGAACUGAAAUUUGGGCCGGGUGAUGGGCAGCUCCACUACUAUCUGUACAACUAUCGGAUAAGAAAUGCAUUGAAACCAUCAGAGCUGGGGCUUGUCCUCUUGUAGUUUGGGCUCAAAAUGAGCCUUGAUUUUUACGGUUUGGACUAGCCAUAUUAGUUUUGAUAUUUGGGUGUUGAAUCCUCAGUGGUUGCUUUAAUCUCAAUUUGUUUUUAUCUUUUCUUUUUUUUCCCUUGGCAACCUGGAACGAGAUUUUUCUGUGCAUGUAACAGAGUUUUGAGGCAUUUGUAAUCUGAGAUGCUUGAAACUAUCAUGGAAUGUUAGAGCGCCUUUGCAUCUGUUGAUGGAACUGGAACAAGGUUGGCUUACAGAAAAUACUUCCUGAACCUUUUGCUGUAAA